UAUGAGGGUCAUGCCAAAGGAAAUCAAGAAGUUAAUUUUGGUGACUAUGGUUUGCAAGCCCAGGAGGGAACUUACAUCAGUAAUCGAGCAAUUGAAGCGGGACGGAAAGUGAUUAGUCCUUUUGUCAAAAAAACCGGCAAAAUGUGGAUUAGAGUUUUUCCUCAAUUAGGAAAAACAAAAAAGCCUUUGGAAGUCAGAAUGGGUUCGGGUAAGGGUUCAGUGGAAAGUUGGGUAGCAGUAGUCAAAGCCGGAACCGUAAUUUUCGAAGUUCAGGGAUUACCAAAAGAUGUGGCCUACAAAGUUUUAGCACAAGUUAGUUAUAAAUUGCCUAAAAAUAAUGAUAAGAAACAAGAAGUUAAAAAACCAUUGACGUUUGAAGAACUAUUAGCCCAAUAUCGUUCUGCUCUGACAGUUUUACAAAUGAAAAGCAAGAUGGGGCAAUUAGUUAAAACUCAUCAAAUCAAGCAAGUAAAAAAAGAAAUUGCCCGGUUGCUCGCUAAAAAGCAUUCUUUGCUAAAUGAAAAAGUUUAA